AUGUCUGCAGAGACCUCUGAACGUGAACGGGACACAUUGCAACCCGGUGAUUAUGUUUUAAUGCGAAAAUUGACCGGAGUUAAACCAACUCUUGCCCGUCUCAGAAAAGGAGCCACGAUCACCGUUGAUAACUUGACUUUCAAAGCAGACCCAGUGCUCGGGAAGAAGUUUGGAGUUUAUACCGCUCAAAAUGGACUACUUGGACUGGAGCCAACAGAUGUGGCGAAAGGUAGGAGGAUUUUUACCUUGUACUUGGGGUUUAGGUGGGAAGUCGGCGAAUUUUGAUCGAAAAUUCGCUGUUUGAUAGUGUGACGGGUUUAUAGAACCAAUGGCAAGGAAGAACGUGGCUUAUUGUACCUAUUUCAGAGCUCAGUAAAAUACGAGAGCUGUCCAGAGGAGAGAACGAGGCGGGAGAGAAAAAUCAAGUCAGUUUGGCGAAAGAUAAGGUCCAGCUAAAGAAGGCAAAUAGGGGGUGUAUCGAGGGUGCUGAUUUCGAAAAUGACAUUCAUUUUCUUUGA